AUGAAGGCCGCUUUCUUGACCGCCGCGGCCGCCCUCAUGGGCUCGGCCAUGGCUCACGAACACCGUCACCACCACGAGCAUGCUGCCCUCCACCGUCGUGGUGCUGAGGCUGAGGAGUCCUGCGGCUGCUACACCAGCGUCGUCACCUACUGGGGUGCUCCUACUCUCGUCUCGGUCUCCCCCGUCUCGACCCCAGCUCCCACCACCACCUCGACCAGCACCACUACUUUGUUGUCCACCAGCUACAGCACCGUGACUGUCAAGGCCUCUUCCUCGACCCCUGCUGUGCCUCUUCCAACUAACUCAGUGACUGUCUUCCCUACUCCUGGCACCUACACCAUCCCAGGCACCACCGUCACUGUGUCUUCCUCUACCGUUGUGCCUGAGGCCACUUCCACCGUCCUCACCAGCGGUACUCACACCAUUGGUGGUGUGACCACUGUUGUCGAGACCUCCACCACCGUGGUCUGCCCCUACGCCACUGUCAGCCCCGUUGGCAGCACCUUCACCAGCGUCAUCGAGACCACCACCUACGUCUGCCCCUCUUCCGGUACUUACACCAUUGCCCCCAUCACCACCACCGUCCCUGCCAGCACUGUCGUUGUCUACCCUACCCCCGCCACUGUGACUCCUGGUACCUACACCCAGCCUGAGCAGACCGUGACCGUUGUGGAGACUUCCUACACCUACGUGUGCCCCUUCGCCACUUCUUCCACUCCUGCUCCCGCUCCCGCUGCUCCUACCACCACUGCUGCCCCUGCUCCUGUCGCGACCACCUCCGUCGCUCCUUCGCCAGUUGCUUCCACCUCCACCUCCGCUCCUGCUGCUUCCAGCACCUCCACCAGCUCUACUGGCUGCGGAUUGGGCCAGCAUCCCGACUACGCCGUUACCUACACUGGCUACACCCACGACACUGGUGCUUGCAUGGGCGCUGAGGACGUUUUGGCCGAGCUCAAGAACAUCCAGGCCAACGGCUUCUACGCUAUUCGCAUGUACUCCACCGACUGCAACCAGUUGGAGACCGUUGCCUCCCAGGCCAUUGGUCUUGGUCUUAAGGUUAUCCUCGGUGUCUACAUUGACGGCAGCGGUGUCAGCUCUGGAAACAGCCAGGUCAGCGACAUUGUCAGCUGGGGUCAGUCCAACGGCUGGAACGGUAUUGAGUUCAUCUCCCUUGACAACGAGGCCCUCUCCGACGGAUACUGCUCUGCCUCUGACCUCGCCAGCUUCGUUUCUUCCGCCAAGGCCACCAUCAAGAGUGCUGGUUACAGCGGUCAAUUCACCGUCACCGAACCCCUUAACGUCUGGCAGUCCUCUGGCUCCACCCUCUGUGGUGUUGUCGACUUUGCCUCUGCUAACCUCCAAGCCUUCUUCAACGGUGACGUUGCUGCUGAGGAUGCUGGUGACUUUGUCGCCAGCGAGGUUGAGCUCCUCAAGGGCAUCUGCAACAACGACCAGGUCUUUGUUGGUGAGUCUGGCUGGCCCACUGCUGGUAACAGCAACGGCAAGGCUAUUCCUGGUGCUUCCCAACAGAAGGCUGCCAUGGAUGCUAUCCGUAACUCCAUUGGCCACAUUGCCGCUCAGUUCUCCUACAAGAACGACCACUGGAAGAACCCUGGCGACUUCGGUGUUGAGCAGUACUGGGGUAUCAGCGACAUGCUCUCCAGCGCCCAGUAA